CCCACCCCCAGCACACCCCCUCUCCACCUGGAUUCCACCUCCUCCGGGCAGCCGCCCAGGCUGCCACCCACCGCACCCGAUACAGGCCUCUCCCUAGGGCCAGGCUUUUGGGUAACCAAGUGAAAUCAUGGAGUCUUCCAAGACCUUCAUGAGACAUCUGCCAAUCACACCAGGCUACAGUGGCUUUGUGCCCUACCUUAGCUGCCAGCAAGCCACCAGCAAGGACAGUAUGUCCCACUGUCUGAAAAUCUUCCAGGAGAACACACGGCGAUAUAAAAACCAGCUGGAGGAAUUUCGCUGCUCGGUGGCCACUGCCCAGAAGCUGCAGCCCGUCUGCUCGGAGGAGACCGUCCUGCGGGCGCUGCACCAGUACCUCCGGCAGUACCACCCCCUGAGUCUGGAACACAAAUACAUAAAGAAACCUCUCCAGGAGCCCCCGAUCCCUGGCUGGGCUGGCUACCUCCCGAGAGCCAAGGUCACCGAAUUAGGCUGCGCCACACGGUAUUCUGUCAUGGCCAGAAACUGCUACCAGGACUUCCUGGACCUCAUGGAGCAGUCCAGGGGUGCACACCUGAAGUCAUACGAAAUAUAUGCAGAUGGGUCCACACAACUUCCUUCUGCCCCUUCUCCAAAAGUUUUGCAACGUGAAGGGCUGCUGCCCAAAUAUCUGGAUUUUUCUAACCCAGGUGGUAGCUGUUUGGCCCAUAGAAGACCCCUGACAGAGGACCCCAGACUUCUGGUGACACGUGGCUGUAGGCAGAGGUCAAAUACGUCAUGCAACGGGAAGAUUUAUUUAGAGCCACUGUCCUCAGCAAAGUAUGCAAAAAGCUGACGCAGACAGCCUCCCAAGAAGAGGUGACCUCAAAGGGGGACUCAGAAGCUCACUGUUCUUUCACGAGAACCAGCCCCUCACCCACACCCAACAGGCGCUAGGGAAAUUUCAAAACCUAAGAAUCCUUUCAACUGCCACCUGCACCCUGUCUAUUUGGCAAUAGCGUGUCAUUGAUGAUAAAGACCUUUUAUUGUUGUGUGGGAAUAAAGAGGAUACUGCUUGCAUGCUGAA